GUCAGACGUUUCCAUCUCUGUUGUUGUCAUGGUGGAAUGACAACGGCACGUGUUUUGUUUGUAUUUGCUUGAACGAGAAAUAUUUUUUUUUUACUUACUUCACGAAUCAAAGUGAAAAAACUUGUUCUCAAGAUUUUAGGUUCUAAAGACCAGUCAAAUAGUGAAAAAGGUAGUAACAAAAUCCUUUAUGUUGAUUCUUUUUGCACAAGUGCACUAAAAUGCCAGCUAACUGCUGUGUGCCAUACUGUGAUACUGGUCAUGUUAAAAAUGGAAAGUUAAUCAGACGAGCCAUGUUUACAGCUCCUAAAAAUGACAUUCAGCGUGAAAUGUGGGCAAGGAUGAUUCCAAGAAAAGGCACCCUGAAUCCAACAGAUAAAGUGUGUUCAAUACAUUUUGAAGAACAUGACAUUCACAAAGCAAAUAAGUUUAUCAUUGAAGACAAAGAAGUUUUUCUCCCGAUGCUUAAUUGGAGGUUGAAACAAAAUGCACUUCCUCGAAUUUUUCCAGGAUGCCCAAGUAACUUAAACAAAUCACCUAAGAAGAGAAAACCUCCCAAGGAUAGAAGCAAACCCUCAGUAAAAUCAACAAAACUAUCUCAUGAUUCUGUGAUCCAGCAAGUAUCAGUCACACAAGAAGCAGAAAUGAAUGGUUCUAAUUCCCAUCUAAACCUGGUUAAUGACAACACAAUAUCAUUACUGUUGCCUUUUCAAUUCCCACCCCUUACCAACACCUAUUUCAACAAAAAGAAAAUUUCUAGUGAAGAGGAACACUCAACCGUAGCUCGCGAAGAAUUGCCGUCUGAAUCCUUGAACAACUUCUCUUCAAAAUCGAUUGAUGUAAGUGAUACUGACCAAGAAGAAGUUAUCUUAAACUAUAUAUCAGUUGAAAUGAAUCCAACGAAUGACCGUCCAUCAUUCGCCAGUCUAAUCAGAUCUAACACACCAGUAGUGCGUAGUUUACCUCAGCCAUUAAUGGAGAAAGAAGAGGAUAUUCCCAGUAAUGAAAUUGAAUUGAACUCGAAUCAAGUUCAGGAGCGAUCACAGGAUAUUCAUGUAAACAUAAGAGAAGUGCGACUUCCUUCUUUAUCCUGGGCGUGGAUUCAAGUUGAAAUACCAAACCGUCCUUCGACAACUAACAUGAUCUGUGCUGAGAAUGUGUAUAUUGCUGGGAAAGUUCAUAUUCGAAGAAGUGUAGAAAUUGAUUUACUCACUGGUGUCGCGUGUUACUCCCUAUUUGGUGCAUUUCUGGGUCUCGACUCAUUGAAUACGACAUUUUCGUCAGAAUCCGAACUAUCAGAGUUGCUUCGAUGCUACGGAGAAACUAAGUUGUGCCCUGGUUUGCCUGUUUCUCAAUUUACUGGCCAGAAGAUAUCUCCGUUUUCGCUUGGAUAUCAAGAUGGUCAAGUGCUGCGCUCGUCAAGAUGUGCUGGAAUAGAACCAAAUUCCAAUCCCUGUAAUAACUGUCUAUUAUUGUUACCAAGAAAAAAGUCGACAGGAUAAAGACUAAAGAUUAAUGAAUCUUUAUUAAUCUUAAGUGGACUGGUACCUCAUAUAAAACAUUGUAUUAAUCAUACUGCUGUCAUUACUGUGUCAAGAAAUAACCCGCUAAAGUUAUGUUCAAAUCAAGCGCCGAAUGGAAAUUCUCUUAAAAACAAAAAAGAUAACAAUAAACUCAAGGAUGGAUACCAUUUAAGAUUUAAGCCACUUUCAUUCAAAGUCGUUUGUAUGUUUAUUCUUUGGUUAUUAUGUCUUCGAUGGAUUCUGAACGUAUUGAAUUUGUGCACCUUCAGUUUAUUUCCAGUUUUUUAAAGAACACCUUAUUACAGUUAUGUGUAAUUCCAGACGAAAACCGUUUUCCCCAAACUUGAGGAAGAUACCAAAAGCGGAGGCUUCGUCCCAUCGAAAACGAGCAGCCUAUCGGUGAGCGAGGUGUCAGAAGAAAAAAAAAACCUCGUGUUGAGCAAGGCUAGCACUAAUCCAAAUUGCAUCUGCCACUCCUGAUGCCACCGUCCCGGUAGUAAUAGAAGGAAAUCCUGUGACUACCGACCCCAACUAACAAAUCACAAUUUCUACUCAAUAGUCGACCAUCGAGGAAAAAGGGGUAGAGUCGUUGCUAAUUUUUAUCUACUAAAUGUAUUUUACGGAGAUGGUUACGGGAUGGUUAUUUUUUCCGUCCGACUCUAGUCGUCCGCGUCCGUGGAUGCCAAGUGCUGUCACUAGGUGGCUAAAUAUUUCAGUGUGUUUAGGGAUUGAACUAUUCAGCCCUAGUGUGUUGGUAUUAGGGGAGGGGAGGGGGCAUCAAACCAAAGUUCUGAGACGACUGACUUCCAUUUAUUUCUUUUCUAUCGAGACGCCGUCGAGGAUGGUUACGCUAAUCAUUGCGGGGUACUCUCUUUCCUGAUGUGUUCACAACAAGGUUAGUGGAAAUUGUUCUCAACGUGCAGGGCCAAGUCAACCAAGCAGCCUCUGUGAUUAUGCCUUUGAUGAGGGGUCUAUAAUGUUGCGAGAUGAAAAUGUGAAGAAAACGGAAGGAAAUCUGAAAUGGCAAGGUCUACUUGUAAUAACACAACUUCAGAAUUCUUGGUGAGUCUGUCUGGUGUUGGAGCUGUCAAUGGUGGUGAUACCUGGUUUGAGUGGUAUGGCAGUCAUUUUCUGAUUUGGAGAUGUGCUGAAAUGGAUCUUUGCAGAUUUGGAGGUUCUACAUCAGAUUUCAAUUUACCAAGUUGGUGUCCAUGCAGUGUUGAGCUGUUGUGCAAAAUAGUUGGUGUUUCCUGAAGGCUGUCUGGCAUUUUGUUGGUGUAUGCUCUUGCUACCUGCACCCACAUUAAGUUCAAUGGUACGCCGCCGUUCCAGACUUGAUCCAUUGGUGAAGCCGAAAACAGGUUGCUGAAAUUCAAAACUGAAAAAUUAAUUAGACUGGACAAUUUACAAAUGCAUAUCUGUUGUCCCUUUUCCCUGAGUGAACAGCAUGUCCGCCGUUGGUUAUUCGUCUGGUCGAACGGGAAAUAGCAAUGAGAAAUUCUGAUGUAUUUUUGGAGAAAGAUUAGUUUGACCACGAAGUAAUUCUUCCUUAUGAUUUGAUAUUAACUCUUCAUCCUUUAUUAUAACGUUUCAAAUUGUUUGCUCUUCACAUGUGUAUGUCCAAUAUUAUUACUUCGCAAAUAAUAAAAUAUGUAAUCAAACUA